AUGCUUCAGUGUUUGAAUAGUAGUAGUAGUAGUAGUAGUAGUAGUAGUAGUAGUAGUAGUAGUAGUAGUAGUAGUAGUAGUAGUAGUAGUAGUAGUAGUAGUAGUAGUAGUAGUAGUAGUAGUAGUAGUAGUAGUAGUAGUAGUAGUAGUAGUAGUAGUAGUAGUAGUAGUAGUAGUAGUAGUAGUAGUAGUAGUAGUAGUAGUAGUAGUAGUAGUAGUAGUAGUAGUAGUAGUAGUAGUAGUAGUAGUAGUAGUAGUAGUAGUAGUAGUAGUAGUAGUAGUAGUAGUAGUAGUAGUAGUAGUAGUAGUAGUAGUAGUAGUAGUAGUAGUAAAGAAAACAUUUUAUAA